AUGGACAACACAAAGUACCGCGUAUUCACCGUCGCACGCAGCUUUGCGUACAACGUCUACUAUACCCCUCCGACGGUAGAGGGCAAGCCAACGCUGCUCUUCCUCCACGGCUUUCCAUCCACUUCAUACGACUGGCGCAAGCAGGUCAGACACUUUGAGACGCGCGGCUUUGGGCUGCUUGUGCCCGACCUGCUCGGUGCAGGCGCGACAUCCAAGCCCACGGACUCGAAGGCCUUCCGCCUCGGCGCAGUUGCACAGGACAUCGUUGACAUCCUCGACGCGCUCUGUCUCCUCAAGGUUGUCGGCAUAGCGACAGACUGGGGCAGCAUAUUCUUGUCGCGUCUGUCGAUGUUGCAUCAGGAUCGGUUCUACGGUCUCGCGUGGCUCGGGCUUGGCUUCCGCCCUGCGAACCUGCGUCCACUCGACCUUGUGCCAGACAGCGAAAUAUACGCGUACUGGGAGUUUCUUACUCGGCCGGACGCUGCGGAACUCAUUCAUAAGCACAUUGAUAGCUUCAUCCAGCUGGUGUACCCGAGGGAUGCCGAGAGCUGGCUGACGUGGCUGGAACAGCGCGGUAAAACGGCCGAGUGUAUUGAGAAUAACAUCCUACUAGGACGCCCUGACUGGCUGUCUUCUGGGGAGUACGAUAAAUUGAAACAAGACCUUCUCACGCACGGCGUCGCCUCGUCGCUGCUGUGGUAUGUCAAUGAAGUUGAGGGCAACGACCACGAGGAAAAUACCAGAAUCCCGGAGGAUGCGCACAAGAUUAAGGUUCCCUCGCUGUUCGUCGGUGCGUCCAAGGACUACCUCUGUCGUGAGUCCGCUGGUGUUGCGCAGAUGCAGAAGUAUGCGUCGGCGCUCCGCACCGCGAGUGUCCCCGCGGGGCACUAUCUGCAUCUUGAGCGGGCGGAUGAAGUCAACGUAAUCUUGGAGGAGUGGCUUGUGACUGUUCCGCUGUGA